AUGAGUCUAGGCCCGCAGUGCUGGCGCUGCCGCAAAAAACGUCUCCGGUGCGACUCCUCGGUCCCAAACUGCCGUAAAUGCACAGCCGCAGACGUCGACUGCCCAGGCUACGGCGACAAACGGCCCAUCGCGUGGCGCAACCCGCUGGUGCUGACGGACAAGGGCAUCGUCCGGGUGCGCGAAAACGGGGCGCACGACAAGCCGGCCUCGGCCUCCGUCAUGGGCAUCAUAUGCCGGUCGCCAAGGACCGUCGGGUCCGAACUCGAGCUGAGGAUGACCGCCGACGCCAUUGAGUAUUAUAAUAUGCGCGUGGCGCCCGACUUGGUGCCGUACGCGACGCAGCAGAGCCCCUACCAGAUUGCGCCUAGCGCAGUCGGCGAGCUGGCUGAGUAUGUUCGCAAGUCGUACAUUUCCAUUUCCGCGCUUCACAGGUUCGUGAGCCGAGAACCGGGGACGACGAGUAGCUUGUCCUCGGACGGCAGCGUCAGUUCUUUAUCUGUUGUGCGGUCUCGGGCCAGGGGAAAUCCGGCCGCGACGGAUCCGUCGGACCUUGCGGAGUUGAUGGGCGCAGGCGACUUCCAGAGCGUACAUUUCGCUGCUCAAGCUGCUGCUUUGAGGGCGUUGAGCGAGGAACUCCAUAAACACCAGGCCAAUGAAGCCGCCGCCGCCGCCGCUGGGGCAGAUACGCUCCACGGCAUCAUGCUGAUGCUGUCGUCCCAGAUCCAAUACUCCGCGUACGCCCCAUGGCAAGCCCACAUCCACGGCGCCUGGGGCCUGAUUGCCGCUCAAGGCGGCAUGGAAGUUCUGGCCAGGAUGGAUAAGGACCUCUGUCGCGUGUUUCAACAGAUUGCCGUCGUCGACAUCUUUGGCAUGUCGACACACCACCUGACAGAAACAUCAGCGAGGACGAUUCUAUCUCGUCACGCGUCGUAUGCCAUGAUUUUUGACGCCAGUGCAAUCGACAUCCUCAACCCAUGGACGCUGAUGCCCAACGGCCUAGCCAAGGCGCUCAGCCAAAUCAACAUGCUACGGGCACAAAACACCUUGGCCCCCUCAGCAGCAUCCCGCCAUGAAGGCCUUUCAGCCGUAUUAAGCGCCCUCGACACCGCUUCGCCCGACAGCUGGGCCAAGGAGGUAGCCACAAAUGCCACCGUCUGGGUGGCGCCCGGCCAGCUGAGUGAAGACGCAGAAAGCAAGGCAGCUUGGCGAGCUUUGAUGACGGCGUUUCUCAACGCCACCGUCCUAUACGCCAUCAACGGUCUCGCCGGAUUGGGCGGUACUCACCUGCGCGUGGCUGCGUCCUCUCAGGAAUGGACUACAUCCCUAACCGGACGGGAGAUGACGGCAUACCAUGCGCUUCUGGCUUCGGUCCGUUUCCUCUUUGACCAAAGAACCCAACGGCGAGAUCAACGCAAAGACGAAACGACCUCCGACCCCGCCGCAACCAGCGCGGGUCUGCUUCACAAGUUCGUCAUUUGGCCGAUGGUGAUAGGCGGCAUACAAGCCGCGCUCGUACACCGCGACGAAGAGGCCGCGGCAUAUCUGUGCGCCGGAAUGCAGUCCAUAGGCGAAGAGCUAGGCACGGUCAGCAUGAUAGACGGUGCCCGCCUCGUGGAGAAGUUACAGCAGUCGUACAAAAACGGCAACGAGCCCAGGUCGUGGGAUGAUCUGUUCGACGGGGCACCCUUGUUCUUGAUGUAA